GAGCUACACGCGCACACAUUCCUCUUCCUCCGGCCUCUGGCAGCAAGUCAAGUCAACUCAGCCAACAAGCGCCGCUGCGGGGUCAGGCCUCGCGGGACACACGGGUCAGACCGGACAGGAUGCAGUCGCUGCAGGACAAGGCGUCGGAGUGGAGCGGCGUGGCCGCCGCCGACGCAUUCGCCAUCGACGACGGCAACAUCUUCGAGUCCCUCGGCGGCACCCCGCAGCCCUUCGUCGACCUCUCCACCAACUUCUACACCAGGGUUUAUGAGGAUGAGGAGGAGUGGUUCCGGGAGAUUUUCGCGGGGUCCAAGAAGGAGGACGCCAUCCAGAACCAGUACGAGUUCCUGAUCCAGCGCAUGGGCGGCCCGCCACUGUUCUCCCAGAGGAGAGGACAUCCUGCCCUUAUAGGACGACACCGGCCAUUCCUGGUAACCCACCGAGCUGCAGAGCGGUGGCUGCACCACAUGCAGCAAGCUUUGGAUACAACUGAAAGCAUAGAUGCUGACUCAAAAACCAAAAUGAUGAACUUUUUCAGGCACACCGCUUACUUCCUCGUCGCUGGCAAUGAGAUGACAAGGCAACAUAGCCAAGGAGUAGCCUGCAAACAUGCAGCAAGCAAACCAGCUGAGUAACUCUAUUCUAGCCAUGGAGCUAGUAACCAUCUGAAUAACGAAUGAUGCAAGCCUUUGCCCACCGCGCCAUUAUAGAAUCCCAUACGCAACAGAGUUCGAACCACUUCCACAUUCAAAGAAACAGUUGCGCUGACUCUUUGUAGGCUUUAUAGCCACUCUUGAUCAGAGAGCACUCAGAAUUGAUAAUUUUAGCUCAUUCCAGUAUGUGUUUACUCUGCUU